CUGUUGUUUUCCUGCAUGGGCGCCCUUUGCCCAUCCCUCCCUUUCAUCUCCUGGGCAUCAACCAACAAGCAGCCACCGGAGAGGGCAGAGGGCAGGCGAGGGGGCCUGCGUCUGGGACAGCUCUCAUGGGAACAAGUUAAUGACCGACCAAGAUCAACAGACCGGCAGGGGAGUUCGCAAGGGCAGGGUGUGGGCAGCAGAUCCACUGGGGACGCGGGCAAGGGGAUGAAGGGGCUUCUAGUGCUGUGCUUGGGCCUCCUGGCCCUGGCGGAUGCCAACCAGUCGCCCCUCCAGCAAAGGGCUCUGGAGCUGGUGCUAGAUUUCUUCCACAGCAGGGACCUCGUGCAGGCAACAUUCAAGGAGCAAGCUGUGACCCAUGUCACGGAGACGGAAUUCCCAAGGGGAACCUACGUCCAGCUGGAAGUUGACCUUGUGCAGACCAUCUGCCGGAAGCAGCAACGGGGGACGCAAAACUGCCGGAUCAAGCCAGGCGGGAGGAAACAGAAGUGCCUGGCUUGCUUCAAGUUUAACUCCAGCGACCCUCAGAACAUUUUGGAUGAGUCCAAGCGGUGCCUCUCAGAGCAGAACCCAAUCUUCCAGGAAGUGAGGAGGAAGCAGAAUCAGGAAUGUGAGGCAGUCAAGGAGGCGUAUGAGGAGCAACGGUACCAUAUCGGACAGUUUGCUUUUCUCAAGGGGCGCCCAGAAGAGUGAUGGGAUUCACAUUUACUGGGCUGUUCUCCGACCAUCAAGGAAACAAGGCACCCUCUUCCUUUUG